AUGAACUUGUUUUCUGGAAUUUGGGUGGCUAUGGGUAUUCUAGUACCACUUUGGAUGACCGGCUAUAUGGGACAGAGUGCUUGGGGUGCUCUAUGGUUCUGCUUGCAGACGUUCAAUUUGAUCCUCCUUGUGCGGGCAAUGAGGGCUUGCCACGGUCAGCGUAAGGCUCAAAAGAAUAAUAUGAAGCAGUCGAUUGAUGCUUGA